AUGCCCUCCUCUGGCAAACAACAAACCCUCCACCCGACCGUGGUGGACUUCGCGGCCGGCGUGCUCGGCGGCUGCGCCGGCAUCGUCGUUGGCCAGCCCUUGGACACGAUCAAGGUCCGCAUGCAGGCCCUCGGCACGCUGACACCCCCGCUGGCCGCCCUGCCCGGGGCAGCCGCCAGCGCCACCGGCGCGGUCCGGCCCAGCAUGUCGACCGCCGGCCUGGGCGGCGUGUCGCUCGGGCCGGCGGCCGGGACCCGGCCCACCGCCCUGGCCGUGGCCACGGCGGCCAUCCGCCACGAGGGCCCGCUGUCGCUCUUCCGCGGCCUGACCCCACCGCUGAUCGCUGUCGCCGGGCAGAAUGCCAUCCUCUUUGCGGUGUAUGGCUCGUCGCAGCGCAUGGCCGGCGACCUGCUGGCCGCCGCCGGGCUCGGCGCGCGCGAUCCCAACAGCCUCAUGGUGUCCUCGCUGGCCGGUGCUGUUGCCGGCCUGGCCGCAUCGGUGGUCACCUCGCCGGCGGAGCUGGUCAAGUGCCGGCUCCAGGUGUGGUCCAAUGCCGCGGCCGUCGGGGCCCCAGUCGCCGCCGCCGCCGCCGCCGCCGCCGCCGCCGCCGCCGGCCCCACCCCGGCCAACACCCCGACCAUGCUGUCGGUUGCCCGGCAGGCUAUGUCCGCGGCGCCUGGGCUGCGUGGCUUCCUGGGUGUCUAUCAGGGCUGGCAGGCCACGGCCCUGCGCGAUUCUCCCGGCUACGCCAUCUACUUCGGCGCCUAUGAGCUGACCAUUUCCCAUCUGUCAACCGCAUGGGGCCGGCCCCGGGCUGAUCCCGCAGUUGUGCUGCUGGCUGGUGGGCUGGCUGGUGUGGCCUCUUGGCUGCCGAUCUACCCGUUUGAUGUGCUGAAGUCCCGCAUGCAGACUGCCGAGGCCCUGGCCAGUGACGUGCCGCGCCGCGCGUCCCUCUCCAUGAGCUCCAUCAUCCGUCAGGGUGUCGCCCAGGAGGGUGGCUACCGGUGGCUCUUCCGCGGCAUUGGCCCGACCCUUGCGCGGGCCUUCCCCGUGAAUGCGGUUACCUUCUUCGUUUAUGAGUGGUCAGCCUCCCUGCUCUCUAGUUUCUGAUGGCGCCUACAUCGCCCCCCCCCCCCCC